AUGAACACCGUCGCGAUAAAAUACACCUAUGUGCUGGAUCUGCUAAAAGACCUCAUACGCAAUCACUCCUCAGUGUCACCACAGGCCGUCAAUCUGGUGAUAUGCAGCACUCGAGAUGACUUCCUCGGCCAAGUCCUUUCCAGUCUGCACCCGCCCCUUCAACCUGGUAUCGCCACUAAUGCAACCUUGGAAGCAAGACAUCACGACGAGAUAGAGCACGGUGCGGAAGGACCUGACGAGGAUGAUUACGGAUCCAGCAGAUCCAGCCAUCAGUUGUUCCUGUCCCCAGUCUUGAGUCUUCUGAGCGCCAGCCAAUCCGUCAAGCUGAUUUUCUGCCCCACCAUCCCGACUCUCCGGGCGUAUUUCUCCAGUCUCUACGAGGUUGAUGGCAAUGGCGAUGGCGAUAUGGCUGCGCCGGAAGACUCGAGCUCUACGUCCAAAUCGAGUCAGAUCAUUGUGCUGAACAUGCUUGCUCAGCACCACGGAUCAUCCGAAUUCACCCUUCAAGGGCUGUCGCAAACACUCGCUACGAUCGUAUCGGCUGGCGCGAGGACAUCUCAGGCUGUGCGAUUGGUCGAGUGCAAGGACGCCAAUGACCCUUCGAAUGAUCAAUUUGGAUCUAAUUUGUGGGACAUGGAGGUUCCGUUGCUAAGCCUGUCGAUCAAAAUCGGCGAGGGCGGCGCGAGAUGGGGCCGUCGAACUGUACAGGUGAAAAAGAUUGCGAGUCGUUGGUUUCGAAGGGAAAUGACCAUGGACCAGAGACACGUGAGCAGAACCAGCGGACGUCAAGAGAUCCCAGACUCGGAAGACGAAAUGCUUCUCUGA